GCAGAGGGCAGAGAGAAAAGGAGAAAGAGAGCCGUGGGAAAGCCUUCCUGAAGGAUUUGUGGAGGCGAGAGAUUCGCGUAGAGGAACUUUUCUUUGCACAGCGCUUUUUGGGGACAGAGAGACUAUUUGCGCGUGUGUCUCUGCUUCUUCAAACAUUUCCUUUCGUCGCGCGUCCCCCUUCUUGGAACUGCCUCCUUUUUUCUGCACUCGGCCUGUUCAUGAAAAUCCGAGAGUCCGUUUUUUUCGAUCCCUGUUCCCUCUCUCUUUCUUCUUCUCGAUUCGUCUCCGUCGUUCUCUCCACUUUGUCCUCUCCCCACCGUCUCCGUCCACAGAUUUCCGACUCGGCCGCCACACACAAAACGGAUCGCGCGGCCGACCGUAGAAAAAAUAUCGCCGCGCGUGGAUGCUUCUCUUUCCCCCCUCUCCGCUUCUCUUUUUUUCUCUUCACCUUUGUGAAAGCCUUGUCGUCUUUGUCUUCUCCUUGCUACUGCACGGGUGUUUUCUCUCUGCAACGGCUCUCUUCGCUCUCUGCGUUUCCUUGGAUCGCAGCUUGCCUGACCUUCGCAGACUUGGUGACGCAGCCGAAGAUCUUCCAGAAAAAGUCCAAAGGUCCGAGAGUCGACAGAAAACCGAUUUACCGUCUCCGAUCUCUUCUCUCCUUCCUCGCGUUUCUCCCUGCUGCCCUGCCUCCCAGUUUCUCUUCUCUCCCUCGUCCUUCCCGCUGCUCUCUUGUCUCGUUCCUUCGCUCUCCCCUUCCUCGUGCUCUCUUCUACUUCUUUACAUCUCCGUUGUUCUCUCACGCUCCGCCUGGCUCUUCUCCCCGCGCUCCGCUUCUUGUCGACCUGUCUUCCUGCCCGAGCGCUGGCGACUUGGCUGUUCUCCACUGCGCUUCUGGAGGUUCUGAAGUUUGAGAGGAAGAUGGAGACCAACCACUCUGGACCUGAAGCGGCGAGGUCGACUUCUCUCACCCCAGAGAGAAGGCCUCUCGAAAAGCCGCGAACCGAGAGAGAAGAGAGAGGUCUCUCUAGAGAAAGAGAAGAGAAAGGCGCGUCGCGAGAAAGAGAAGAGAGAAACGCCUCGCGAGAAAGAGAAGAGAGAGACGCCUCGCGAGAAAGAGAAGAGAGAGACGCCUCACGAGAAAGAGAAGAGAGAAACGCCUCGCGAGAAAGAGAAGAGAGAAACGCCUCGCGAGAAAGAGAAGAGAGAAACGCCUCGCGAGAAAGAGAAGAGAAAGGCGCGUCGCGAGGUCGGAGAGAGGACGGAUGUCACAGCAGUCGGAGUCGCUCUCGACAAAGAGACUCACGGAGUCGAAGCUCAUCGGGGUGCUCGAGAGGCCGCAGCUUGAAUGCGCGAAGCCGAAGAUCUGCUUCGAAUCCAGGGAGACACCCGCGUUCGUUUUCCAGAGACAGAAGUCGCAGAAGUAUCUCCGACAGCGUACGCAGAGAAGGCAGAGAUGGAUACAUCCCCAGCUAUCCCCCGAAUCGAGGUUCUCCGUUGCGUUCCGUCCGCCUCGCGUCUCCUGGAAGGAGAGGCCUAGGUCCCGUCAGAGGUCGUCCGACGUGCAUCUACGUCGGCAACCUCCCCAGAGACAUUCGAGAAAGAGAUGUCGAGGACAUCCUUUUCAAGUUCGGUCGCCUGAGAGACAUCGACAUCAAGCGGGCUCGAGGAGGCAUGUCAGACUCGUGCUACGCCUUCGUCGAAUUCGAAACGAUCCGCGCAGCAGAGGACGCGGUUGCUUGUCGCCACGGAUACUUGUACCGAGGGCGGUCUCUGCGCGUGGAGUUCACAGCGCAGCCUGCGCGUCGCCUGGGAUCGAAUCCGAAUUUCAUCCCCAUGGGAGGCGCCUCAGGACCUCCGCGGCGGACAGGCUUUCGAGCGCUGGUUUCCUUUCUCCCGCCAGGCUGUCGGUGGCAACACUUGAAGGAUCACAUGAGGCGAGCUGGACCUGUCGGCUUUGCAGAAGUUCUUUCGCACGGCCGAGGCGUCGUCGAGUUCGAGCAUGCGGAGGAUCUGAAGUAUGCAGUUCGCUCGCUGGACAAGAGCGAAAUGCGCGUCGAGGGUCGCGGAUCCGUCAUCAAGGUCGAGAAGGACUACAGUUCGCGCGACUACGACCAGGACUAUUCUUCGCCUCGCUACAGCUCACGAAGUCGGAGUCCGCGUUCGUUCGACCGCCGGGGAAGCAGCGAGGCCAGCAGCCGAUACAGUCGAUACAGCCGAGACGAGAGAGACGAGAGAGACGAGAGAAGGGAAAAGGAAGACCGAGGGCGCAGCAGAAGCCGCGAGCGAGGUCGAGACAGACGGUCGGUGUCCUCAGGAGACAGAUUCUCCCAUGACAGAGAGAGCGGAGACAGCAACAGACGCGCGAGGGAGAGUGAACUCUCGCGGCAGGAGAUGAUGAGUCGAGAAGUCUCGCCGGCGAGUGAGCACGAGGAGGGGCACAGGGACAGACGAGCGAGCAAGGGAGAAAGAGAGAGAGAACAAGAGAGAGCGGACCGAAGAGAAGAGCUCGUGCUGGAGAGGCAAGAGAAGGCGAAGAGGCUCUCCCCAUUUUCCGACAGAGACAAGAGAGAGAAAGAGGACGCGCGUCUUUCCUCGCGAUCACCGUCUCUGCGGCGUGAGGAGAGAAGAGAAGAGAAAAACCGACAGGAUUCUCUCUCUCCCGGUGCAGCGCGAGAAGAACGAGACGCCAGAGAAGAAGAAACAAGAGUGGGGAGAAGAAGCAUCUCCAUUGACAGAGAGAGAGAAGACAGAAAAGGAAGAAAACGGGAUGAUUCGGAAGACAGAGAGAGAGAAGUCAAAAGAGAGAGAAGAAGAGACAUCUCCGUCGACAGAGAGAGAGAAGAAGAAACAAGAGUGGGAAGAAGAAGCAUCUCUAUCGACAGAGAGAGAGAUGACAGAAAAGGAAGAAGACGGGAUGAUUCGGAAGACAGAGAGAGAGAAGCGAAAAGAGAGAGAAGAAGAGACAUCUCUAUCGACAGAGAGAGAGAAGAAGAAACAAGAGUGGGAAGAAGAAGCAUCUCUAUCGACAGAGAGAGAGACGACAGAAAAGGAAGAAGACGGGAUGAUUCGGAAGACAGAGAGAGAGAAGCGAAAAGAGAGAGAAGAAGAGACAUCUCUGUCGAUAGAGAGAGAGAAGAAGAAACAAGAGUGGGGAGAAGAAGUAUCUCUAUCGACAGAGAGAGAGACGACAGAAAAGGAAGAAGACGGGAUGAUUCGGAAGACAGAGAGAGAGAAGCGAAAAGAGAGAGAAGAAGAGACAUCUCUGUCGACAGAGAGAGAGAAGAAACAAGAGCGGGAAGAAGAAGCAUCUCUAUCGACAGAGAGAGAGACGACAGAAAAGGAAGAAGACGGGAUGAUUCGGAAGACAGAGAGAGAGAAGCGAAAAGAGAGAGAAGAAGAGACAUCUCUGUCGACAGAGAGAGAGAAGAAACAAGAGUGGGAAGAAGAAGCAUCUCUAUCGACAGAGAGAGAGACGACAGAAAAGGAAGAAGACGGGAUGAUUCGGAAGACAGAGAGAGAGAAGCGAAAAGAGAGAGAAGAAGAGACAUCUCUAUCGACAGAGAGAGAGAAGAAGAAACAAGAGUGGGGAGAAGAAGCAUCUCUAUCGACAGAGAGAGAGACGACAGACGAGGGAGAAGAACAGACGAGUUGGAGGACAGAGAGAGAGGCGAGAGACGAGGGAGAGAACGAGUUGACUCUGAAGACAGAGAGAGAGACGACAGACGAGGGAGAGGAAAAGAUGAGUUGGAGGACAGAGAGAGAGGCGAGAGACGAGGGAGAGAACGAGUUGACUCUGAAGACAGAGAGAGAGACGACAGACGAGGGAGAGGAAAAGAUGAGUUGGAGGACAGAGAGAGAGGCGAGAGACGAGGGAGAGAACGAGAUGACUCUGAAGACAGAGAGAGAAACGACAGACGAGGGAGAAGAAGAGAUGACUCUGAAGACAGAGAGAGAGGCGAGAGACGAGGGAGAAGAAGAGAUGACUUUGAAGACACCGAGAGAGACGACAGAAGAAAGGGAGAAAGAGAUUUGUCUAUGGACAAAGGGAGAGACCAAAGAGAUAGCAGAUGCGUUUCCGAGGAGAGAGAAGAGAAACGAAGAGGGCGAGACGUCUCCAUUGACAGAGAGAGAGAAGAAGCUUUGACUUCUUUCAAGAGAAGACGCAUGGAUAAAGCGAGUGAUGAGCGCGAUGACAGGAGAAGUCCUUCUCAGUCUCGCGGGCAGCGAAGAAGAGAGAGAGACUGGGAAGCCGCAGACUCAAAGAUUGGUGGCGAGAGAGGGAGAGAAGAGCGCAAGAUGAGGCCUGAAGAACGUGACGAGCGAAGAUCUGUCUCUUCUCAACGAUCUCUGGGGCGCCGGGAAGCGAGAGAGGAGAGGAGGGAAAAAGACGAGAGAAGAAAACUGUCUCCGCGACGGAAUCGGGAGGUCGACAGCGACAGAAGGCGAGAGACUUCUCUGUCUUCCGACAGAUUCAGAGAAGACCGAGGCGGGAGACGCGAGACGAUUCGCGGCGACCGUGAUGCGAGUCCUCGUAUCCACUCACGCAGAAAGUUCGAAGAAAGAGAAGAGAGAAGAGACAGAGACGACCGAGACGAGGACGAGAGAAGAGACGAAAGACGAGGGCGGGAUAGAGAAGAAAUGAGAGAGAGAGAAGAGAGACGGCCUCUGCGGCGCUUGACGGCACACGAGCGGAGACGCAGUUUCGAGGACGAGAGAGAACCGCCGGAACCUGUGAGGAGAGAGAGGAAACGAAAUUCUUCGGACAGAGAUGAGUCGUUUUCGCCGCCAAGGCGAGGCCGAGUCACAAAAGAAAACCGACGAUCUUCUCCCUCGUGCUCGCCACCGAGAGGCGGGAAGAGAAACGGCGCUCCAGAAGACCGAGAAGAAACAAGAUGUUUUGCGUCGCCGCAUGCAGCGUGUGAAGAGCGAGAGAGAAAGCGAGAAGUGGAGCGCAGAGACCGGAGACGGUCGCCGUCGACUGACUCGCACUUUGGUCGUGAACGCAGAAGAGACAGCAGAGACUUCUUCCCCUCGAGGAGGGACGAAGAUGACAGAAAGAGAGGCAGAAGAACCGGAGAUGCGUAUUAAUCGAGAACCUGCAGAAAAUCGAAUAUCCCGAAAGAUGCGUCUACGCAGUCUCAGAUAGAGAGAUGGAAAUCGCUAUAGGUGUAUACGUGUAUAUGUAUGUAUAUGUAUAUGUAUAUAUGGUUAUAUAUAUGGUUAUAUAUAUAUAUAUAUAGUUAUAUAUAUAUAUGUGGUUCGGGUGUUUAGACACUUUGGCGUACGAGUUUUCGUUUUUCGUCUCUCCGCCGUUCGCUUUUUCUCGUGUUUUCCGGUUCCUUUGGGCCUGCUUUCUUCGCGAGAAACGAGGUGUGAAACUAGCUGGGAUUUUCUGUCUCGAUUCGUUGUCUUUUCUCUGGCUGUCGCAAGGCGACAUUCUUUUUGCGGGUGUCAAGUCAUGCGCUUUUCUUGCUUCUCUUGUGCGACAUGCUGCGUCGAUCGCGGUCCUUUCCGGUGGAGAGGCGUUCCGAGAGAGCGGUGUAGGAGACAAGUCACAUCUUUUGUCCUGCGCUGUUUUUCCGUUUCGCGCUCGUUUCGACGUUGUUGUUGUGUUCAAAUGACUUCGCGUGGAAGGCUUUCUUUGCAGAGAGCGACGCGGCCAAGUAUGUCUCUCUUCAGAGUUCAGUGCACUCGGGGGGGGGGUCUGUCGGGUGUUGCAGGCGCGUUCGUUUUCCGUGUGAAACUGUUGCCCCAGUGUUCGUUGUGCGCGAAUGUCUGUCUCUCUGUGUCUUUUGACCUGCCGAAGAUUUCGCGGCGACUCUCGUUUAGUUGUACAAGGUGAGACGACGCCGAGAGGAGACUCUCUUCUCCCUCGCUUCUGUCCUCGCCGUCGAUCCUUCCGAGUUGCUGUCCGUCCUUCUCUGUCGUCUCUUCCAUCUGGAUUCUUGCCUCUCGCUCUGUCUGCGUGCCUGUCAUGUCUCGGUGCGAGUGGAAGGUGAUCGUCUGCGGCUUCCUUUCACCGCCGCGUUUCCUCAGUUCCCGCAGAGUCUCGAGAGAAGCCGCCCCAGGCUGCACCUUCCCCUCUCCUUGGCUUUUGAAACGCCGAGGAUGCGGGUGCGGUGCAGAGUUUUUCUUGGGAGGUCGGAGAGUGUCUUUGCAAGUCCUUCUCUUCCAGGAGACUCCAGUGACUCUGGAAACAUCAUAAUUGCUCGCUGCUUCCUCUCUUUUUAUCUUCUGCUGAGAGGCGAGAGAACGUGGAAAUCGGGGAGAGAUCCUUUGUUCCUUGGGCUCUGCAAAAAGGUCUAUCUUCUCGUUCGCCUUUUUCUUUCCAGUGUGUCUCGACACCGUGAAGCUUCUUCACCUUGGAAAAACCUGUUUCGAUGCUUGCCUGCGCAUAUGUUCCCCAUUUUCGCUGUAGAGCGAUUUCGGACGUCGUGGUGCAUUCGCUCUCUGAAACUGCGGUCUUUCCGGGGAUGCGCAAGUCCUCGCGCACACAGAAAAAGCGUUCUUCAGACUUCUCCUUUGCUUUCUCGUUGACAAAGAGUUUUCUUUCUCUGCUCGGCGACAGAAGACGCAACACCCGCUGUCUCAGUCGUCUGCGCGCCUCCUCUGCACUCGCAGGC